GUCUGUCUGUCUGUGAGUCUCUGUUUCUCUGUCUUUUCUCUGCUUCUCUGUGCCUGUCAUCUGUCCCUUUGCACUGCAACAUGCAGCUUCUGGCCAGCUUAGUGUCUCUCAUGCUUGUGUUGUACAGCAUCAGGGCAGCCGCCGUGCUUCCUGUUGACGAGAGGAGCCCAGCACAUGCCAGAGAACUAAGCAAAGAGCGCAAGGAGCUGAUUCUGAAGCUGGUCUCGGGCUUGCUCGAUGGGGUGGAAAGCAACAUGCUUCCUGGGGACGAGGCACCGCUGGACCUGGAGGAACCACUGGAGUCUCGUCUGGAGGAGAGAGCCGUCUACAACCGGUUAUCACAGCUGCCACAACGCGACCGCAAAGCCCCCUGCAAGAAUUUCUUCUGGAAAACCUUCACAUCCUGCUAACAGAUCCAGACAACAUCAAAAGCCCCUAAUGCCCACCCCCCACCCCCCCAUCCCAUCCUAAUGUGAGCCCCAGCCAAACUUCACGCCUCCACACAGAAAAGAUAAAUUAUGAACUGUGAUAGACCUCAGCUGUACAUAGCAUCCGCACUGUCAUUGGGAAGGUCGGAAUGGACUUAACUGACACACGCUGUUUGUUGAAAUACUGAUGAUUCUAUUUAUUUAUGUAUUUAUUUGUUUAUGGAUACAUCCAAAGAGAAGGAUACAAUAAAGCAUGGCUAAUACAUUUGUUUUUGACAA